AUGCCUCUAUUAAACUCAAAUAUACCCCCUAUACAACAACAGCAACCAGGUUACCUCAUGCAAAUGAAUAAUAUUAAUGGUAAUAAUCCUGUUUUACAAGAUUUUGAUUAUCAACAACAUCUAUCACCUUUAUUAAUGCAACAACAACAAGUUAUGAUGUUAAAUAACCAACAAUAUAAUAAUACUAAUAAUGAUAGAUCGUCAUCAUCAAUAAAAAAAUUUAAUGUAAAUACAACAAGAAGUAAUUCAAGUUCGAGUUCAAAUUCAAGUGUAUUAAGUGCAUUAAGAACAACAAAUAAUAUUAGUAGUUUAUCAUCAUCACCAGGUUCAAAUAUUACUAGUAAUAACACAUUUGGUCAUCAUUAUGAUUUAUUAUACGUUAAGAAUAGAAGUAAAUUAUUUGAAGAUGAUGUGUUAUUUUGUCCAAGAGCUUUAUUAUCUCAAAGUGAAUUAAAAACAAGAGAUGAAUUAGAUAAAUUCUUAAUGGAUAAAUAUUACGAAUAUAUGAUAAUUAAUGGACAACAAAAUCUUCAUUUAGAUGAAAGAAAAAAUGGCAGUAAUGGACCAAAAUUUAAUCCUUAUGCCUCAAAAAGUUUUACUCCAGGUAAUUAA